AUGAAACUACGCAUGUGUUUUUGUUUAAGCUUGCACUUUGAUAACGUAAAAACUGUAUCAUCUACUUCAUCUGUCUCAUCUACAUCAUCUGUCUCAUCUACCUCAUCUGUCUCAUCUACCACAUCUACCUCAUCUGUCUCAUCUACCUCAUCUACCUCAUCUACCUCAUCUACCUCAUCUGUCUCAUCUACCUCAUCUACCUCAUCUACCUCAUCUACCUCAUCUACCUCAUCUACCUCAUCUACCUCAUCUACCUCAUCUGUCUCAUCUACCUCAUCUGUCUCACCUACUUCAUCUGUCUCAUCUACAUCAUCUACCUCAUCUGUCUCAUCUACCGCAUCUGUCUCACCUACCUCAUCUGUCUCAUCUGUAUCAUCUACUUCAUCUGUCUCAUCUACAUCAUCUACCUCAUCUGUCUCAUCUACCGCAUCUGUCUCACCUACCUCAUCUACCAUAUCUACCUCAUCUGUCUCAUCUACCUCAUCUGUCUCACCUACUUCAUCUGUCUCAUCUACAUCAUCUACCUCAUCUGUCUCAUCUACCGCAUCUGUCUCAUCUACCGCAUCUGUCUCACCUACCUCAUCUGUCUCAUCUGUAUUAUCUACUUCAUCUGUCUCAUCUACAUCAUCUACCUCAUCUGUCUCAUCUACCGCAUCUGUCUCAUCUACCUCAUCUCUCAUCUACAUCAUCUACCUCAUCUACCUCAUCUGUCUCAUCUACUUCAUCUACCUCAUCUGUCUCACCUACCUCAUCUGUCUCAUCUACCUCAUCUGUCUCAUCUACCUCAUCUGUCUCACCUACCUCAUCUGUCUCAUCUACCUCAUCUACCUCAUCUGUCUCAUCUACCGCAUCUGUCUCACCUACCUCAUCUACCAUAUCUACCGCAUCUGUCUCACCUACCUCAUCUACCAUAUCUACCUCAUCUGUCUCAUCUACCUCAUCUGUCUCACCUACUUCAUCUGUCUCAUCUACAUCAUCUACCUCAUCUACCUCAUCUGUCUCAUCUACCUCAUCUACCUCAUCUACCUCAUUUGUCUCAUCUACCUCAGCUGUCUCAUCUACCUCAUCUGUCUCAUCUACCUCAGCUGUCUCAUCUACCUUAUCUAUCCCAUCUACCUAAUCUAUCCCAUCUACUUCAUCUGUCUCAUCUACAUCAUCUUAAAAAACUACCUAAUCUACCUCACUGACUUCAUUUACCUCAUCCAUCUCAUUAAUCUUACCUACAUUAUCAACAUCAUUCGAAAUUACAACAAUUACCCAUCUCACUGUAUCGCCUUACGUAACAACUCGUCUCUAAAACACAUUUCUAACACCCAACUGCCACAUCGUGACCUAACAACUCACACGCCCUGUCCCGACCCCCAGUGUCCCCACAACUCCACCCUCCUGUCUCCCGAUCCCCGUGUCGCCUCCACUCACCCCCUCCCCUGUCCCCCGUGA